AUGAACACCAAAAUCACGUACACAGCUGUCGAACUAAAACUACUUCGUCAUGAGUACAAGGUUCCCGUCGAUGAAAGCCCUUUUUUGAGUUACUUCCAUCCGUCUUCUCAUUGUAACCCACACUAUAUGUACCCGGAUUUGUUUCCUCCAGGAUCAAGAAUAAUCAGAUUGAAGCCCGGACAGCGUCUUCCGAAAGGUUCUGUGCCUCUUCCGUUUCCAAUUGAAGAGAGAAAUCGAUACAGGGGUUAUGAAAGAAAAUCACCCUCACCGCUUCCUGGAGACUCCAACUACCAAUACAAAUACACGGAAUUUUUUGAGCCCUACAUGAGGAAACCGCCGGCUGGUUCGUCAAAGGAGCAGUCUUCUGCUGAUAUGGUAUCGGAGUCCUCCAGUGAUAGCAUUCAAUUCCAGCUUCCGCCUCAGUGA